AUGGCGGAGCAUGACUCGUCUGAUGGUCUCCCUCGUGUCACCCUUUCAAAAGAACUGCGACGUGAACUUUGCUUGCCAUGGAAACAGGCUUUGAUAGGGCUCCAAGGUCGUCUCGACUUCAUCGACAUUGGCUACAGAUUCUUUGUGGCGUGGUUUGGCAAUUCGACAGACUACAUGCACGUCCUUCUUGAUGGGCCUUGGAAGAUCUUUGACAACUACCUUGUGAUUCAGCGUUGGCAACCGGAGUUCGAUCCCCUCACGGCUAAACUCUCCAAAAUGGCGGUGUGGGUUCGCCUGCCAAGGUUUGCGGUCGAAUACUUUAGGGAAGACAUCAUCAAACGCGUUUUGGAAAACGUUGGUAAGCCCCUUAAGAUUGACUGUACCACCGUCGAAGUUGAACGAGGCAAAUUCGCACGUGCAGCGGUGGAAAUCGAUCUAGACAAACCCUUAGUCACCCACGUUUGGGUUCGCGACAAAUGGAGACCGGUGGAGUACGAGGGACUCCACGUCGUGUGCUUCAACUGCGGCACGGUUGGGCACAGGGAGCAAUCAUGUCCUCUCUCCACGAUCAAAACCACCGAUUCUGAAAACAUGGAUCGUAGUAAUCCAUCUCCCACGAAGAAAGACGGCAACCCGGCUCCGUGCCCGACGGAGACGGUACCCCCGGUUACACCCGCUACCCCCAGGUAUGGUUCUUGGAUGCUUGUCACUAGGAAAUCCUUUGAACAAGACAGAAGGAAAAAUCCUAAACCGGCAAACCAGAAAACUCAGACCACAAAUGUUAAAGGAAAUUCCUUUGGCGCUCUACAAGAUGCAGAUGAUGAGGGCUGUGAUGUCCCAAAGCAGAGCAACGUGAAAGACAAGGCUGAGCAGGCGAAGAAAGGUAAAGGUAAAACCUCUAGCAAUGCCACGGCUAGAGGUGGUAACGUGCAGGUUUCGCAAAGAGGAUCCAAACAGUCAAAACCUCAACAGAAAGAGAGGGUUGGAGGCGGCAACAUAUCGGCGAAUGCCACGGGUAAUCAACCAAAGGUGGCCCAAAAAUCUACAAAAACAUCUGAAAUCCAGAGUAUGGAUAUGGAGAGGGAUCCCAACACUUCGAACCCAUGUCCCUUGAACACUUCUGGAGUGGUUCACCAAGGUAAAGCUAGGGGUAUCCGGCAAGUUCACUAUCGUGGUGCUUACCGCGGUGGUGGCCGGGGUGGCCGGGGCCCCACUCGUAAUUAUGCUACUGACGAUAUUUGGAAGGACAAUAAUGGUCUUGCAGGUAUUUUCAAGUUUGGAAGCAGUCAGGUCACACCUCUCGCUCAAGACCACACUGAAGUGUUCACUAACGGUGUUGUGCCGGUUCAUAGUUUCACGUCUGGGGAAGACGGUUCUCAAACCUCCCCUCCCGCAACGAUUUCUCCAUGA